UUGUGUUGCAUUGCACAAUUUGUGACAGGUUCGGCAUAAAGUGUUUAUUUUGUCCCCAUUUCAAGCUGUUCAACAAUCUUUAUUCCUGUCCGUAUGGCAACACAGCUAGAUAGUCACUUGAGGGACAAAGAUCUCUCAAAAAAUGACCGUCCAACGGCCUUUCCUUCGGGUCCUUUGGACUCCUAUCGCAGUCAAGCAACAUUUGACCUGAAAGAAAUGAAAGAUUUUGUGAAUGGAGGCGAAGAUAUAACAACAUACAAGGAGAGAUUAUGGGAAAUUAUGGAAAAAGAUCCUGUAUUUAACCAUGAUCUUGACAAAGGACUGUCCAUGGAUGGCAUGAGAAGAAUUACAAUGAGGCGUUGCAAGCGAAUAUUGGAAUUGGAUUUUUUGAAUGAAGAGGAGUUUUUGGAAAAUCCAUAUAAACAUCAGGCGCUAACGAAUGCUGUAGGUAGCUACGAUUGGGGAUUGGCAGCAAAACACUCUCUAAAUGGUGCGAUGUUUUCAAGGAUGUGCCGAUUUCAGUCCAAGCAUGAAAAUAUUAACAAACUUGGAGAGAAAGCAGAAAGGAUGGAGGUGUUUGGUUGCUUUGCUUUGACUGAACUAGCACAUGGUAGUAACACAAAGGCUAUGGACACAACUGCUGUAUAUGACCCCAAAACACAGGAGUUCAUUAUCAAUACGCCUCACUUUGAGGCUACCAAGGUGUGGGUGGGAAACCUUGGCAGAACAGCAACUCAUGCAGUUGUCUAUGCCCAGUUGUACACACCAGAUGGUGUUUGUCAUGGACUUCAUUCCUUCAUUGUACAAGUCAGAAGUACUAGAGAUCUCCGUGCUAAGCCUGGUGUCACUGUUGGCGAUUUAGGAAAGAAACUUGGACAGAACAGUCUAGAUAAUGGUUUUGUAGCCUUUGAUCAUGUAAGAAUACCAAGAGAGAACCUUUUGAACAAAGGUGGUGAUGUGUCUCCUGAUGGGAAAUAUAUAUCAGGCUACAAGGAUCCCAAAAAAAGAUUUGGUGCUGCACUUGGUGCUUUGUCAAGUGGUAGAGUUGGUAUUACAAGCAUGGCAGUAACUAAUCUUAGGUCCUGUUUACCUAUAGCUGUCAGGUAUUCAGCAGUAAGGAAACAGUUUGGACCAGUUGAAGGGGAAGAAAUUCCUGUCCUUGAAUAUCAAAUGCAGCAAUGGAGGCUACUUCCUCUACUUUCGGCAACUUAUGCGCUAGAACACUUCUCACGAACCUUCUUUAUGAACUUUGUUGAGUUUAAUGUCAUGGUUAUGAUGGGGGAGGAAAGUACCAGACAGGCAGAGCUAGGCCGUGAAAUUCAUGCAAUGUCAUCAUCAUCUAAGCCAAUGGCAGGGUGGGUUGCUAGGGAUGCCAUUCAAGAAUGUCGGGAAGCCUGCGGUGGUCAUGGUUACCUUGCAGUGAAUAGGUUUGGUGUUUUAAGGGAUGAUAAUGAUCCUAACUGUACCUAUGAAGGCGAUAAUAAUAUGUUACUUGGUCAAACAAGCAACUAUUUGCUGGGUCUCUUGGAACUAAGACAAAAAGGUCUUCCUAUUUCCUCACCAUUGCAGUCUGUAGACUACCUGAGUGAUGCCAACCAUAUACUGGAGCAAAGAUUUACAGCUAAAACAGAGGAGGAAUGUGGUGAUCUUGAUUCUUUACAUUGUGCGUUUCAAUGGCUUGUUUGUUACCUGUGGCUUGAGAGUGGUGCCAAAUACAGACAGCAAUUGGCCUUUGGAAAGGAUCCAUUUUCUGCUAAAAACGACAGUCAAGUGUUUUUCUGUCGCUCGUUAUCCCUUGCUUACAUACAGUGCGAAGUUUUCCGUCGCUUUAAAGAAGCAUGUAGAAGUGCUGACACACCUGUUGGUCUUCGUCCAGUGCUGACAUUAAUGUGUUCGUUGUAUGGACUGUGGACCCUGGAAAAGCACUUGGCUACGUUGUAUGAAGGUGGGUUCUGUAGAUCAACCAAUGAUGCCCGUAUAGUCAAGAGCGCUAUCAUUACAUUGUGUUUUAAGCUCAAAGGUGAAUCUGUACUUCUGUCUGAUGCCUUGGCUCCUCCUGACUUCAUCCUGAAUUCGCCCAUUGGUCUUAGUAAUGGCCAGGCUCAUAGGAACCUCUAUGAUGCCAUCAUGUCAGACCCAAACAGCACCAAACGAGUCUCAUGGUGGAAAGAGUGCCGAAAACCUCCUCGUCAGCCGAAAAGUAAACUUUGAGAGUACUUGAGCAUCCUGGAAGAUGUUUUUAGCAAUUGCCUAAUACAUUCAUACGGCAAAAAGCUUUGAAAACAAUAAUAAUCGCCAUGUAUUUACAAUUUUACUAAAGUAUAUAAAGGUUGAAAUGAUAUAUAAUCCUAAAGGUGGAGGUCACAAUAUACUUAAUAACACGCAGGAAGGAACUAUACCUUUUUUUGGUCGGUCACAACUGAUUAUGAUGGUUGUAAGUAAGUGAGUUGUUGAGUGUGGUACUUGUAGGACGACUACCGACACAAGUACAUCUCAAUAAUUAUACACAAAAGUCGUUUUCUGUAAUUAUACAUACUUAAAUUCAAUAAAAUUUUAAAUUUUUGAAAUGUU